GUUGCUAUUAGUGUAGCUCCGAGGCUAUUCACUUUUGAGUAACUAUUCGUCAUCAGGACUUAUUUUACAUACAACAUUAUUAGUUUACUUUACUUGCAGUCAAAGAACACAACAAUAAAUUAUGUGGCAUAGAGAGAUUGAAAUGUCACCGACAAAGUCUUAGUAGAAUAAAUUUCAAAACAUGUGGCUGUUUGAAAUUAUUUCAAAAAUAUUCGGUCUUUUAAGGAAAGAAGUUAAAGUCUUAGUGAUCGGGUUGGAUAACAGUGGGAAGUCAACGAUAUUAAACAAGUUGCAAUCAAAGGAAACGCAGAAUUCAUUAACGAUUCCAACUAUAGGAUAUAAUGUUGAAAAGAUUAGAGUCAGUCAGAUGAUAUUCCUUUGUUUUGAUAUGUCAGGUAGUGGAGCCUACAGAAAUUUAUGGGAAAAGUUCUACAAGGAAUGUGAGGCGAUAAUUUAUGUAAUAGAUAGUUCCGAUGAACUAAGACUUACUGUUGUAGAAGACGAAUUUCAACAACUAUUGAAACAUCCAGAUAUUUGCAAUAGGCGAAUUCCAAUCCUCCUUUUUGCUAACAAAAUGGAUUUAUCGAAUUCUAUUACAGUCAAAGAAAUAGUCAAGAUUCUUGGUCUGGAACAAUUGAGAAACAAAUCAUGGAGGAUCUUUGCUUCGAAUGCCAUAAACGGUGAAGGAUUAAAUGAUGGUUUGAUGUGGUUAUUUGGACAACUGAAACAAAGUAAUAACUAAAAUGUGAUAAAGAUUCUGAUAGAGAAAAGAUAUAGGUGACCCAUCAGGAUAUGUCAUUUGCUUUUCCAAUGAAAUAGAAGUAAGACCCUUGGAAUUUGUGUCAAAACACUUGAAAUUUACGUUCAAAAUAUAACAAAAUCCAGAACAAAUCUAACGAUAGGAAACCAGAUGUUUAUGCUUUUAAUCAUUAGUACUUUUAUGCUAUCUUACCGCAUUUAUUUCAAAUGUUAAAUUUUAUAAAAAUGACUAAAAUGUACUGGAUAAAAAGGUUUUAAAAACUUUAUAUGCUAUGGCUGUCAUUCACUUUUUUUAUGAAUAAAAAGUAGCCUUGUUUUCAUUCAAAUAA